AUAAAAAGGAUUGGGAGAAAAAAAUAAUAAAUGACAUUGACAUGACAGCGGGCAUUCUCACGUAACCAUAAACAAAUUUUAGUCUUUCUUACUUUGAGUUUGAACAUGGCGGUUGGUAAAAAUAAAGGCCUCUCGAAAGGCGGUAAAAAGGGUGUUAAAAAGAAGAUUGUCGAUCCCUUCACCCGUAAGGACUGGUAUGAUGUUAAGGCACCGGUUAUGUUCACCAAGAGGCAAGUGGGAACCACACUUGUCAACCGCACUCAGGGUACCAAAAUUGCAUCUGAAGGUCUGAAAGGGCGUGUAUUUGAAGUGUCAUUGGCUGAUUUACAAGCCGAUACAGAUGCUGAAAGAUCUUUCCGUAAAUUCCGCCUCAUAGCCGAAGAUGUCCAGGGUCGUAAUGUGCUCUGCAAUUUCCAUGGAAUGGAUCUCACCACUGACAAACUCAGAUGGAUGGUCAAGAAAUGGCAAACUCUGAUUGAAGCCAACAUUGACGUGAAGACAACAGAUGGCUACCUCCUCCGAGUCUUUUGCAUUGGUUUUACCAACAAGGAUUCCCUUAGUCAGAGGAAGACCUGUUAUGCACAACACACUCAGGUUCGAGCUAUUAGGAAAAAGAUGUGUGAAAUUAUCACCCGAGAUGUCGCCAGCUCAGAACUACGUGAAGUUGUCAACAAACUGAUUCCUGACUCCAUUGCGAAGGACAUUGAGAAAGUGUGCCACAGCACAUACCCACUAAGGGAUGUGUGUAUUAGAAAGGUUAAAGUACUGAAGAGGCCGCGUUUCGAGAUUGCCAAGCUGAUGGAGUUGCAUGGUGAAGGUGGUGGUGGCAAGCGUGGUGAAGUAGGUGAAUCGUCUGAAAGACCAGAGGGUUAUGAACCGCCCGUACAAGAAAGUGUAUAAAAAUAUACAGUUAAUGUGA